ACCACAUGUCAUACAGAGGACCACAAAAUCAAUUCAAUCGGCAGUUCAACAGUCCCCCCGUCAUGGGAAACAUGCCUCCUGCCAUGGGUGGAAUUCCCCCAACCCCAUCCAUUGGCGCCGUGUCGUCCAAGAAGCUGUUUGUGGAUCAAUUCGAAGCAUUCGCCAAGCAGUGCGAGGACUUGGUGGACGACUACUGCAAACCAUUUAAACCAUACGUGGUUAGCAUUGGCCGGUUCUUCAUCGUCGCCACCUUCUACGAAGACUCGUUGCGGAUCUUUACCCAGUGGAGUGAACAGGUUUAUUACUUGCACAAUUACAAACACAUUUGGAAAUGGUUGACGGUAUUUUUUUUAACCUCCAACAUCGUGUUAAUGACCACCGCCUCCACCAUGUUGAUCUUGAGAAAGCGCAAUGAGAUUGCCACCAUUGCAUUGAUAUCGGUUGUGCUUUUGCAAGGGGUGUUUUAUGGAUUGAUUUUCGAUGGCUUAUUCAUCUUGAGGAACUUGUCGGUGGUUGGAGGGUUGAUUCUCGCAUUCUCAGACUCAUUGGUUCGAGACAAACGGUCAUUCAACGUGCCGGGAAUACCCAUGGUACAGAACCAGGACAACAAGAAGUACUAUCUUCUCGCUGGCAGAUUGUUGUUGGUGUUGUUGUUCAUUGGGUUUGCCUUUUCGUCCUCAUGGUCCUUCACCCGUACCAUUGUGAUCUUGAUUGGGUUUGUCACCUGUGCCUCCAUAAUCGUCGGGUACAAAACCAAGUUUGCGGCGCUGGUGUUGACAUUGAUGUUGUUCAUCUACAAUGUGUUUGCCAAUCAGUUUUGGAGAUACGGCUCGCACGACUCGUCGAGAGACUUUCUUAAAUACGAAUUCUUUCAAACCUUGUCGAUUGUUGGGGGCUUGUUGAUUAUUGUGAAUGCCGGUGCCGGCGAGUUGUCACUCGAUGAGAAGAAGAAGAUUUAUUAAUUCUUCCUUGAUCUAUAUAGUGUCUACGUAGUAGCUUUGGCUUUCGCACAAUAAAAAUCUCACUAAUCACCAUGAGUGAAGACCAACCCAAAUGUCCCGUGGACCACACCACCCGGUCCUCGUGGUCGCUGUGGCUCUGGGCCCAGAAACCCAACCCACCAGACACCUGUCCCGUCAGUCUACCACCCGUCACCACGGACGAGCAGCCCAAAUGCCCCGUUGACCAUAACGCCAGAAGUGAUUGGCUAAAAAAGGUAUCUGUGUCAGCAACAGUUUCCACCGAAGCCGUGGAAGAACCCAUGUCCUCUGCCACGAGUUCUGGCCUCAAGUCACCCACCGCCACCCACGACGUGGCCUUACCCACCGACCGAAUGAUCAGUUCCAUUCCUCGGACCUCCAGCCAAAGCAACUGGGUGUAUCCGUCUGAAAAGCAGUUCUACGAGGCGAUGAUGCGCAAGAACUGGAACCCCAAGGCGGAGGACAUGAAGACAGUGGUGCCCAUUCACAAUUUGGUGAACGAACGGACAUGGAACCAUAUAAUGAACUGGGAACAGCCAUUUUAUGAGCAGAGUCUCCAAAAAUGUGGAGGCAUCAAGUUGACUAGCUUUAAGGGCAACCCGCAGAAGUUGACGCCUCGGGCCUGGUUCCGGUCCAAUGUUUUAGGGCUCCCGGCACCAUUUGACAGGCACGAUUGGGUGGUGGAUCGGUGUGGAACCGAGGUGGAGUAUGUCAUCGACUUCUACAGUGCCACCGACGACAACCCCAAUGUGUUCUUGGACGUGCGACCCAAACUCAAUACGUGGGAGGGUGUCAAGUUGCGCGUGGGACGAGCAGUGUCGGGGAGCUAGACGAACUUGUAAAUAUAUAUAUUGAAGUAUCAUAAGUAUGUACAGAACCGGAAACAUAAACGGUGAUUAUUGGAAACCCUUGGGGCUUAUUGUCUUCCCAUAAACUGGCCGGAUUGUCCCAUCUUUUGCAUGUGUUCACCCACUUGCACGUUGGUUUCAAAAUACUUGGCCACGCAUCUGUCCAAACAGAGGGCUUCUUGCUUGCUAAUGUCGCUUUCACCAUAUGACUUGUUGAUACACUUGGCAUGGCAUUGUUCCACCAACAGGUUGAACAUACCGGUGACCAUGUCCAAUUCGGCUUCAGCCGCCUGUAAUUUUUGGUCACUUGUGACCUGGGGUGCUCCACCUAAUCCGAACAUAUCUGUAAAGAAGUAGUAUUGAUU